GCAAACCAUCUUAGUUUCUCCAAUAAAUUCAGUCAUGAAGGCAGCGGUACUGUGUAUCUUCUUCUCUGUAGCAGCUUGGGCUUUUCCCAAGGGCCAAGAUGAAGUACAGUACAACAGGAUGUACGUCGACCCUUCAGUUGACGAACUUCCCAUUGAUCUACUGCCAAGGAUAACCAACGGAGUAGAAGCUGCUCCACACUCGAUUCCCUACCAAGCUUAUUUGAUCAUCACAAGCUCCACCGGUAGCAGGUGGUUGUGCGGAGGCUCUCUGAUAUCUCCAACGCUUGUGCUGACAGCUGGUCACUGCGUGGAUGAUGCCGUUUCGGCAGCGGUGUACCUUGGUGCUCAUAAUCUUCAGCAGUCAGAACCAACCAGAAUUCUGGUAGAAGCCAAGAAUUUGAUUCGUCACAAAGAUUACAACGAAGAUAAAAUUAGCGAUGACAUAGGACUUAUUGUGUUUGAUGAUCCUGUGGAACUGAACGGGUCAAUCGAUGUAAUAGCUUUGCCACGACGUGGAGAAACUGAUGAUUAUGUUGGGGCAAAUGCCAGAAUGAGCGGUUGGGGCCUGGUAUCUGGAGAUGGAGAGACUUCACCGGUACUCCUGGAAGUGAACAGCACUGUGAUCAGUAACCUCCAAUGUGGCUCCGUCUACAGCAUCGUCAUUGACUCCCAUGUGUGUACCUCAGGAAUUGGGGGGGUAGGAUCUUGCCGUGGAGAUUCUGGUGGUCCUUUGGUUUAUAACAACGCCCUCAUCGGGAUCGUCUCCUACGGGGCCAAAGGUUGUCUCCCUGGUUACCCCUCUGCCUUUACUAGGGUUACCAGCUACCUUGACUGGAUCGAGGAGAAUAGUGACUUGAGAUUUGAUCUUGAUGAGGCAGAGUUUAAAGCUAUGUCUGUUGACCCAACAUUUAACAAACUUCCUCCAGAUUUGUCGUCAAGGAUAACCAAUGGAGUAGAAGCUUCACCUCAUUCAAUUCCCUACCAGGCCUACUUAAUUGUUUCGGGUUCAAAUAAGAGUUGGUUGUGUGGUGGAUCCUUAAUAUCUCCAAAGCAUAUCCUUACUGCAGGCCAUUGCGUUGAUGGUGGCAUCUCAGCAACUGUAUACUUGGGUAGUCACAAUCUUCAUGAAACCGAAUCCACCAGGGUCAUCGUACAAAGUCGGCACCUCAUACGUCACGAAAAUUACAACAAGUCAGACAUCAGCAAUGACAUCGGAGUGAUUGAGUUGGAAACAGAAGUGGAACUCAACGAAAACAUCAAGGUUAUAAGCUUGCCUUCUCGUGAUGUAACAGAAGACUAUGUAGGUGCAAAUGUGAAACUAAGCGGAUGGGGCCGUGUGGCUGGUGACCAGGCAACCUCAGCGGUCCUGCUGGAAGUAAACAGCACGGUUAUUAGUAACACGCAGUGCAGGCAAGUGUAUUCCAUCGUCAUAGAUUCUAUGCUGUGCAUCUCUGGAACUGGAGGAGUGGGGUCUUGCAAGGGAGAUUCUGGUGGUCCUUUAGUAUACGACAACGUUCAGAUCGGUGUCGUUUCCUACGGAGCUACAGGUUGUGCUGUUGGUUAUCCUUCUGGCUUCUCCAGAGUUACCAGCUUCCUGGACUGGAUUGAGGAGAAAACCGGAUUGACAAUGUCUGUCUAUUUAGUUUGCUGGAUAUACUCAAACAUGCAGGCGACGGUCUUGUGCAUCUUCUUCUUGGCAACAGCUUGGGCUAUACCCAAGAGUGACUUUGAGGCAGAAUUCAACAGGCUCUAUGUGGAUCCACUAAUUGAUCAAAUUCCUGAGGAUGUGUCAUCAAGAAUAACCCAAGGCGUAGAAGCUGUCCCACAUUCCAUUCCAUUCCAAGCUUACUUAAGCAUCUCAACCAAUUCUAAGACGUCGUUGUGUGGCGGAUCCCUCAUUUCUCCAAAACACAUCCUGACAGCUGCCCAUUGCAUAGAAGGCGCCGUUACAGCAACCAUGUAUCUGGGUGCCCACAAUUUACUAGAACCUGAUAACUGCAGGAUUACCUUGAAAAGCAAGACCUUCAUCCUCCACGAAAACUUUGACAAAUCAACAAUCAACAACGACAUUGGAAUCAUCGUGUUGGACCAAGCUGUUGUACUCAACGAUUGUGUCAAUGUUGCAACACUUCCGUCUCACGAUGUUACCGACGUUUUCGAAGGUGCGAAUGCAAGAGUAAGCGGAUGGGGUCGCACCACUGGUGACGGCUCGACCUCUCCAGUCCUACUCCAGGUGAACAGCACUAUUAUGAGCAACUUCCAAUGCAGAUACAUCUUCGCCACCGUCAAGGACACCCAACUGUGUCUCUCAGGGACUGGAGGAGUGGGCUCCUGCAAGGGAGAUUCUGGUGGCCCUUUGGUGCAUGGCGAUAUGCUGAUCGGUCUCGUCUCCUACGGAGCUUCAGGUUGUCGGUCUGGAUAUCCCUCUGGCUUCACCAGGAUCACCAGCUACUUGAGCUGGAUCGAAGAAAAAACCGGUUUGAAGUUGUAGAGUUGCCCGAAAAUUUGUACGCACGAUUUUAAUAAAAUUAAUGAAUUUUGUU